GCGGGGGCCUUGACGUUGAGCACGACGUCAUCCAGGAGAAGAGUGUCAUUCUGGCGCAGGAGUGCUCAGCAGAAUCACAUGGUGGCGGCGUGCGCGUCAAGCGAUCAUUUCGCCAACAGCCGGGUAGUUCUGCACACUUCCAGAACUGCAGAGCAGAAAACAUGGGCGGUGGUCUUGACGUCCAUGGCAGUAUCUUUCAAGAGGACAGUUCCAUCUUCGUGGAGAACUGCACAGCAAAGUCACAUGGUGGUGGGCUCCGUGGCGGUGGAAGUGUCUCACAGGAUGUGAACAGCUCCCUCCGGGCAGAGAGCUGUUCAGCACGAUACGGUGGCGGUGUGCACCUUGACGGAUCCUUCCACCAG